AUGGCGUCGACGACGUUCCGGCGCUUCGGCGUGGCGGCGGCGGCCGCCGCGUUCAUCGCGCUCGCGGCCUUCGGAUCCGCCUCGGCGUCCAAGACGGCCUUCGUCAAGUCCACCGUCAAGGCCCACGACGUCGUCAUCUUCUCCAAGUCCUACUGCCCAUCACCAGGAGGGCAAAAGAACCCCAGUUCCAUUAAAAAAAAUGAAACCAGAGUACAGAGUAUACAAAGUUAUAAGAUCAUCGAAACAAACCAGGGGAAAUUGAAAGCUGAAGAGACAUGCUCCAUUACACCAUUACAUCAAACAAAAGCAGAAACAGAUUUUUGUGGCAAACAUGCUCUCCUCCAAAACUCACAGCAAACCCAGAUCAUAAUCGCCUCCCAGCUUCACAGUGGAGAUGUUGGCGAACACCACCUUGUUAAAUACUUGAACGUGAACACUUGUGAAGAGCACAUGGCUAUGCGGGGUGGCACUGAUAUGGUCAGGUAUUGUAAAAGGGCGAAGGCUGUGUUUAAGGAGCUUGAACUGAAGAAGGACCCAUAUGUCGUCGAGCUUGAUCAGCGAGAGGAUGGUGGGGAAAUCCAGGAUGCCUUAUCCGACAUGGUUGGCAGGCGUACUGUUCCUCAGGUUUUUAUCCGAGGAAAGCACUUGGGAGGCUCUGAUGAUACUGUUGAUGCAUAUGAAAGUGGGGAGCUGGCUAAACUUCUGAACAUCAGUGUCAAGGACGAUCUUUGA